GUACCGCAUCUGCUCAUCUCUCACUGAAGAAACCUUUAACACCUACUUGUGAGAGCAGCCAGGAGGGAGCAUCCCUUUACUCCAACUGUGAGAUUAGGAUAAGCAGCAGGAUCACAGGGACUGUGCCUGACAGCACAGGAAAAGUACACAAUGGACUGGAAGCUCUGGGCACCUUUUAGUGCCUUCAUCAUUUUACUGAUAUGUUCGCAAUGCAGCUGUAACUGGAAAGUCCAGGUAAACAAAGGAAAAGAUGAAAAAGGUAAAAUCUCAUGGGAAACCUACCAUUAUAGACGACAAAAGCGUGAAUGGAUUGCACCUCCAACGAAUAUAGAGGAAGGAGUAAGCAACACAUACAGAAAUCCUAUAGCAAAGGUCCAUUCUGACAUAGAGGUGAAAAAAGGUACUAUAUUCUAUCGAGUGUUCGGACAAGGUGUGGAUCAGCCUCCAUAUGGGCUUUUUAAAAUAGACUCUAGAACCGGAGAACUGAGCGUGACUGAAGUUAUUGUGGAUCGUGAAGAAAUAUCAAUGUUAUAUAUUACAGUCCAUGCUGUAACAGCUUCUGGUCAAGAGGUAGAGAAGCCUUUACAGCUGCGGGUGAGGGUUCUGGACAAAAAUGACAAUCCACCAAUAUUCUCAGAAGCUGUUUUUGUAGGCUCCAUAGAAGAGAAUAGUAAAGCAAAUGCUCUUGUGAUGCAAAUCGUCGCCACUGAUGCCGAUGAAGAAAAUACAGUAAAUUCCCAAGUUGCUUACAGAAUAGUAUCACAGAGUCCCAGUGAUCCUGCAAUGUUUAUUAUUAAUCGAUAUACUGGCCAAGUCUUCACCAUGUCAAAUUUGCUGGACAGAGAGUCGGUCAGUGCCUUUAGUCUUGUGGUUAGUGGAAAAGACUUGAACGGAGCUGAAGGAGGACUGUCUGGACAAUGUGGUGCCAACAUCAAAAUUUUAGAUGUCAAUGACAACUUCCCUACACUUGAGUAUGACGUGUAUUCAGUUUCAUUCAAGGAAAAUAUGGUUGGUUUAACGGACUUAAGGAUGAAAGUUUUUGAUUUGGAUGAAAUGUACACCGAUAACUGGAUUGCAGUAUUCGAGAUAGUAUCAGGCAAUGAAGGAGGAUGGUUCGCUAUUGAAACAGAUGCUGAGACAAAUGUGGGCAUUUUGAAAGUUGUCAAGGCAUUGGAUUAUGAAGCAAUGAUGGCAGCCAAUCUAGCUAUUAUUGUAUCCAACCGGGCAGCUUACCAUUAUUCUGUCAUGUCUGAAUAUCAAGCAAAAGUGACUAGCAUAAAUGUUCAAGUCGAAAAUGUGCGAGAAGGGCCUGCCUUUAUUCCCUCCAACUAUAACGUGCAGAUUCCAUCAGGAUUAUCAGCAGAGGCUUUACUACAAUAUGUAUUAACAAAAUUGACAGCUAUGGAUAUGGACACUGGAGGACCGGCCACAAAUGUUGUGUAUUCAUUGGAUCAACAGUCCAGCAGGUGGUUUGUAAUUGAUUCUACGACUGGCGAGAUUAGAAUGACUUAUGAAUUGAUUCAAGAGUUAAUGAAUAACAAUAGGAACAACAUUACCGGUGGCACUGGCAAUAACAAUGGUACCUACACUGCAACAAUCUUGGCUACAGAUGACACUGAUUCAACCCUAACAGGAACAGGUACAGUUGAAGUAGGAAUGAGUGCAAACCCAAGUCAACCUACACCUACAGCUUGCCCUACGUUUACACAAGAACGCCGUGAUAUAUGUACCGAUAACAAGAGCGUUAUUAUUAAGGCUGUUCAAGAACCACUAAAUGCCCCUUUAAAGAUAACUGUUGCCGACAAUCCUUUCUGGACUGCCAAACCCUAUAAUGACACGGCAAUAAUUAUGGAAGGAAUAAAUUCUCCUGCUGUUGGUAAUUAUACUGUGAACCUUUCCGUUACCGACAAAAGUAAUGUUGCUUGCGGAACACCAAUUCGUAUUGGUUUACAAGUCUGUGAAUGCACUGCUGAUAAAAUUUGUGAUACUGCAAAUAUCCGGUCCGGAAAAAAUGUAUCUCUUAGCCCAGCAGCAAUUGGACUCAUAAUUCUCGGAUUUUUAGCUCUUUUGUUGGCUCUGCUCCUACUGCCGCUAUGUGUAUGUGGAUCUGGUGCAGGGGCUAAGUUUGUUCCGGUUGCAGCUGGGUAUGAUGGAGCUUUUCAUCAAUGGGGAACAGAAGGUGCCAAGCCUGAAGAUGUGGAUAUGACAAGCCCAUUUAUAACUUCAGGUGGCCCUGAUUAUUCUGAGGUCCAUGCAAGCAACUUUGGACAGGGAGUUGGUGCUGGUGUCGGAAGCGUAUCGGGAACAGCAGUGAGAAGUGGCCGAGGAGCUACUUCUGCUACUGGGAUUGAGACAACCACAGCUCUAGGAGAUGGGUUUGAUGUAGUUGGCAUGGGAGGAUUUUCAGGUGGAAGCAAUGUAGCCAAUUCUUAUAUGGGACCCUUGCCACCACCAUACGAAAAAAGUGGCACAAUGAACAUGGCUUAUGUGGAAAACUACUUCGCUGAGAAAGCAGAAUCGUAUGCCAAUGAAGAUGAGAGUCGCCCGGCAAAUGAUUGUCUUCUAAUUUAUGAUAAUGAAGGAAUUGGAAGCCCAGCUGGAUCUGUGGGGUGUUGUAGUUUUAUUGCUGAUGACUUGGAUGACACCUUCUUGGACACAUUGGGACCAAAAUUUAAAACACUGGCAGAAAUUUGCAUUGGUUCAGAGAUUGAUCCAGUGUCAAGUGGGCAUGAGCCGAGAUUAUUUCCAAAUGUUCCAAUAAUAGAAACUGAAAGAAAUGUUAUAUUAGAUGAUUCUGCAUAUAAUGUUCCAGUAAACCGAUCUCUGCCCGUUAGCUCUACAUACAUAACUGAGAGCAAUCUUCAACCAGCUAGACCUAUGGUAGAAACAUUCAUGCCAGGUAAUGUAGUUGUAACUGAGACUUACACAACAUCUGGGGGCACAUUGAGACCAGUUACCCGUAACGUGGAUUCCGGCCACCCUACUAAUAUUUUGGUAACAGAAAGGUUGGUUGGAUCUAAUGCAGCACCUGCACAUGGAGUUUUUCCUGAUUUGCAAAAUGGCUCCAAUGUCAUUGUGACAGAGAGAGUAGUCCGUCCAGCAUCUGGUGUUCACGAAUAUAUAGAGUUACCAAAUUUUACAAAUCUAGCAGAUGCAUCAAAUGUGGUAGUAACAGAAAGAGUUGUUGGACCAAAUAGUGCAAGGAUGUCUAAUUCAUUUAACAUCCCAGAUCUAGGUAAUGCACAGAACGUUCUAGUAACUGAAAGGGUGAUACAACCCAUCUCCAAUGUUCAGGGAAAUUUAAGCAUUCGCCCAGAAAUGGGAAGUUCUCAAAAUAUAUACGUAACAGAAAAAACAGUACGAUCUGGUCCAGCCAUGAAAACCCAAAUGUUGAGUGCAGAACCUCUGAUGACUCGCCCAGAAAUGGGAAGUUCUCAAAAUAUAUACGUAACAGAAAAAACAGUACGAUCUGGUCCAGCCAUGAAAACCCAAAUGUUGAGUGCAGAACCUCUGAUGACUCAAACAGUGGGUUCCACUUCCCCUAGUUUAACCCGCAGCAAAGUAACAAAGUACAGCACAGUUCAAUAUACUAACCAAUAAGUUUGUCAGCCGAACUAGACAUUGAUUUAACUAGACUAUAAAUCUAAUUGAGAUUCCUUCAAACUCAUAAAUAUUAAAGAGGUUGUGCAGCCAGUACAUAUUGAUGACCUGUCCUCAGAUAGGUUAUCAACAUCUGAUUGGUGGGGGUCCGACUCCCAGCACUCAUGCCAAUCAGCUGUUUCAAGAGGAGGUUGCACUCCUGCAUGCGGUACUUCCUCUUCAAGAUUACACUGCGCGCCAUCUUGGUGGUGCAGUGUAAUUACAAGUGCUUCAGUUGAAUGGGACAAGCCGCCGCUGCAAGACGACAUGCAGUGUAGUCUUGCAGAGGAAGUACUGCUUGCAGGAGUGCCACCUCCUCUUUAAACAGUUGAUCGGCAGAUGUGCCAGGAAUCCCCCCUCCGAUCACUCCGAUAUUGAUGACCUAUCCUGAAGAUAGACCACCAGUAUGUAUUGGCUGCACAACUCCUGUAACUCCUUAAGACCCAGAGGGAGUCAUAUAUCGAUCCAGGGCAGGCAAUCAUACAUCUGCUUCCAAUAGUAUUUGACCACUGAAAUAUAAUUGUACUGAAAAAUAUAUUUUUAUUGGUCAAAAAGGUCUUACAAAUGAAAAGAAUGUAUGGCUAGGGUAAAAACACAAGCAAACCAAUUCAUGAUUUGUCAAUGGAUUUUAAAUUCUCUAACAAAUUUGUCUUUGUGCAAUUUUAGUCCAAUUUUGUUUAUGUCCCAGUUUGUGUAAUAUAUGUAAAUUAAAAUUGUAUUACUGUGCUGUAAAUAUUCUUACAUUCAGAGCAGAACCCGCUACACAUUACAAUUACACGGCCUUGGUUACUUCACUGCAUGUCCACAACUGUAACUUCUAAAGUGUAUGCAGUAAAACAAAAAAAAUAAUGUUUAUAGCAAAUAUUUUUUAUAUAGUUCUGCUCCUUUCUAUUCCAUUACCCUAUUACAGUAUUUUUUUGAAAAUGUGUAUUAAUAUUAUUUGAGCCCCCGUGAUAAACAUGCAUGUGGAAAAGGGAGAAAAGGAGUGGUGAGACACUUUUAGUCCCACUUUUUCUCUGACUGUGACAGCAGAGUACAGUAUGACUGGCCCCAUACACAUCAUAGCCAUGAAAUGCUGCACUUAUUACAUCUUGUUUAAUAUGCACUGAUACAUUAAGACAUAGCUCAUUUAUUUUACUGCCUUAAAGUAAACUAAAUGUGCCCUAUUUUUCAAGGUUUUUAGGUGUAUAAUACUUAGAAUAAGGAUGGAUAAUAAUGCACCUAAUGCAGUAUUUGGACACUUUCACUUUAGAAUGAUUACUAUGUUUUGUUUUAAUGUAUAUACAGUAUAUUUAGCUGUUUCUGGUUUUGUAUUUAAUUGCUUUUUUGCUUUUAAAGUCUUUUUUCUUGCUUGUCCUGUUUUCUCAGUUACCUAUAUUGGGAUGGUUUAAGCAAUCAGUUGUGCGUCAGUGCUCUAUCUGAUCAAUUGUUAAAUAAAAUUAAUGAUAUUUAAUGUAUGAAUCCAGCCACAUACAGAAUCUGACCAUUCCAUUUUGUGGGCUGCUCGCUGACUUCUUUCAUAUUUGUGGUAAAGCUGAGAAUUGGCCGGACAAAAACCAUUGAGUGCAGUGUUUUUUCUCCCGGCUGAAUCCCGGCAUAUUUUCCAGGUAGCAGGAGGAUCCUCACCAGACCCUAAUAUCCGGCAAUGCAUGACUUGGAGAAAUUCAGAAUGCUCUGCCACAAAUAUGAAACUACGUUAUGCAAUCAUACUUACAAGUGUUCUCCUUCUUCUAGAACAUGGCAUCUGGACACUUGCUCCAUGAUUUGCAUAUCAACUCAUCUGUAAAAGAAAUUCCCUCAGCUGGAAAUUCAUGAAAUAUGCAGAGGGAUUAUUUCGUUAUACAGAUGACCAGUAGGAUCAUGAGAACAUUGUCAAAAGCAACCUGGAUCUUGAGAGCACUUCAUUAAAGGGAACCUGCCAUGUUGAAAAUGCAGUCCAAUCCAUAAACAGCACGUUAUAGAGCAGGAGUUGUUAAGCAGAUUAAUAUUCUCCCUGUUUUUGUGGGAUAAUUUUAAGUAAAUUUAAAUCUCUACUCAUUCUAGGCUUAAGAGUCUAGAAGGCGGCCCGAAUCAGUGACUGCUAUCUCUGUAUGCACUCACUUAUACAAAGAAGGCUGUCAGUGACUGAGUAGGACCACCUACUGGACUCCUUCUCUCAGCAUGAGCAAGCAUUUAAAUGAAUACAUUGCUAGUUCUGCUGAAUAUUUACCCUCAAAACUAUAUAUCUACUCGGCAAAUCCUGCUCUAUAACAGGCUGCCUGCGGACUUGACUAUAUUUUCAACAUGAUGGGUUACCUUGGCGAUUUUGGAGGCAGAGAGAUUAUGAGAUAUGCUUGUCCAUGAAGCGAAAAAGUGAAUUUUCAGGUUUUUUUUGUUUGUUUUUGCAUGUGGUUACCGGUGCUUAGCAGAUGGGCAGACUUCCUAACAACCAGAAUCCAUUCCAUUCCGUUUAGUUUUUAAGGAUAAUACAACCGGAUCCAUUUAGAACGGAUGCAGACGGUUGCAUUAUUGUGACGGAAGCGUGUUUGCUGAUCCAUGACGGAUCCAGUACAAACGCUGAUGUGAAUUGAAACCAUAGGCGGUGUGUCCAUAUUGGGUAAUAAAGAAAAUGAAAUAUCAAAUGUAUUGGUAAAUGCUAAAAAAAAAUUACAUACAUGUAUUUACAAUGUGUAAAAGUCUAGGAAAAGGCUAAAUGGAAAAUUUCAUUGUGAAAAUGGUAAAUAGCACUGUACUGGUGAGAAAUAUAAAUUAUGCUAUCCA